ACACUCCUUUGUUUUGCAACAAAGGGCUGAUGAGGUCAGUGCAGAGAAGGGGAGGCAUGCAGGCGAGUACUGGGAGACCAGAGGGGGAGGAGAGAGGACCUGCCACUGCACUGAGAGGAUCCUGUUGCUUAAGCGUUGAAUGGAGCUGUCGCCAUCCGCUGCCCCCUUGUGGUUAUCUUUGUUUUCUGGUGAGUAGUGUUGGGGUUUUCUUGUCUGCUGUUUUCUGUGAUUGGACCACAAAUGUUGUGGAUCCACCGGAUGUACACUCACCGACCACUUUAUUAGGAACAGCUGUUCAAUCGCCUGCUAACACAAAUUGCGAAUCAGCCAAUCACAUGGCCGCAGCUCAAUGCAUUUAGGCAUGUAGACGUGGUCAAGACAACUUUCUUAAGUUCACAAACAUUCUCGGGUUUACAGAGAAUGGACAGUUUUCCCAAAACUGGACAAUAGAAGGUUGGAAAAAUAUUGCCUGGUCUGAUGAGUCUCAAUUUCAGCUGCAACAUUCAGAUAGUAGGGUCAGAAUGUGUGUAUAUAACAUGACAGCACGGAUCCAUCCUGCCUUGUGUCAACGGUUCAUGCUGCUGUUGUAAUGGUGUGGGGGAUUUUUUUCUUGGAACACUUUCGGCCCCUUUGUACCAAUUGAGCAUUGUUUAAAUUUAUUUGAUUUUUUUUAAAUUUAUUUAAUUUUUUGUUUAUUGAACAUGAAAAUGAGUUCACUGUACUCCAAUGGCCUCCACAGUCGCCAGAUCUCAAUAGAGCAGUUCUGAAGGCAGAAGUGGUCCAACCUUUUACACCUUGUAAAGUGGCCGGUGAGUGUAUAUUGACGGUGUCUUAUGUGUGUCUUGUUUAUUAUUUACUUGUAUUUUCUAUUGUGUUUUACAUGCUUAUGUAUAUAAUUGAUAUUCAACAUGUUCCUUUGUUGACAUUGCUUAUGUGUAAGAGCAACUGCACAACAUACCAAUUACCCGGAGGAUCAAUAACAUCGCUCUGAUUGGAAUUCAAUAGGGUCAUUUUCAGUCAAUUGUUGUUAAAUCGAGUUUUAACAAUGUAGUAGUUUUUUUAGCUACGUAUUACAUAAACUAGCAGAUAUUCACAUUUGAUAUAUCAGGGAAUUCUGUGAAUUUAUGACGCAGAACUGUCCACUAUUGAACCUUGCCCGUAUCAGUUGGUUUCUGGGGAAAUGAUGAGAAAAGAAAUAUGUGUCUUUGAGAAAUAGAAAUAAGAAAAAUAAAUAAAUGUCGUGUCACAGUAAAGCAAAGUGAAAUGACUGUCACGAUAUGUGGCUUUUUGAUGGGCUGAUGAUGGUUCAAUCAUUUCUAUAAAUACAAACCACAGUGAUUGUUGCGUAAAAGGGGUUUCUAUAUUUACUCGUGUAAUCAGUGUGUGUCGAUGCAGUCACAAAUAACGGUCAUUAGCCUAAUGUACUGUGACGAGGGAGGUUUGCUAAUAAUAUCAAUCCAUGACAGGAGGAAAUUGGAGCGGUAGCAUUAACUGUUUUUUCUGACGGAAAGGCUUUUUAAUGUUUCUUAUCUUCUGACCUUAUUAUUAAACUAAACUAAUCUAGCCAUAAAUGUAAUUUAGAUUUUAUAAUACAUCUGGCAAAAUGCUGUUGUUUUUCCUAUUAACAAAUGGUCUUCAGUGUUCUCUGAACGGCACUUGAUGAAAUGAGAUUGUAUUGGCAAUCAGCCUUUCGUAUGGCUGCAGAUGGAACACACUCUUCAGAUUCGAUGAAAGAGUUAUGGGCUGUUCUUUCAGAGUGCCCAAGGUUUGUGCAGGAAUUGAUGGACAAAGACUGCAGUUAUUCAAGAUGUUCUGGCUUCUGAAAACAAAGUACGGACCAAAAUGUACUUUCAAAGGUAAGCGUCCUUCAACUUCCACAUGCUAGCUGCAAAUCUUCUUUGUCGAACAGAGCUUUAUUCGUUGAUGCAAAUGAAUGCGUUCAUGUAAUUCUCCAUUAAGCCAAGUGCUAUGUUUUAUGUCUUUAUACAAAGGAAAAUAAAAGCAAAUUGCAUCACAGGGCCUCAUACGGCAGAGAGCAGUUUUGACACCUAGAAUGUGUUGUGACCGUUGCAGAAAACCAUAAGGUUCGAAAGCACUACUCAUAGCAGCCUUAUGAAUGACUUAUAUGAUGCACAGUUAUAUCCGGCGUUACGUUGAUGUGGCGUCGGUUGGGAAAAGCUGAUGUGUUAUAACAUGAAAAUAGACUGAGGUGGAAAUAUUAACUGAAAAUGAACCAAUGAUUAUUGUUACCAUGACAGCUGCAUAAUAAACAGUUCUCACACUGUGCCCAUGGCAACAGGGAUGUGCAACUGAUAUCUGGACACAUUAGUUAUCAAUCAAUCCAUAACGUAAGGUGCUUAAAUGAUAUAAGAAUAAGGUCGGCACAGGUGACAAUGUUAUAUUUGUUAUGUUAUGUUUUUUGUCUCGGGACAAACCGUUCUAAAUAAUAACGUAAAUCUAAUUUGGAUCAUUUCUAACAAAUUGGGGGAAAACAAAUCCUUCUAUAUGUGUCCAAACUAUAUGGAAAAUAGUGUGAGGUGCAGGUCUUGAGAGCUGGGUUUUUUUUUUGCUUCUGUUUGCUUCCAGAACAGGAGUGUGGUCUCUGGAUGAGGCGGUGACGCAUGCACUGCGCUACUCCUGCUGCUCUAUAAAGAGGGGCCACUCGGCUGCGUUUCGGUGCACGCACAUGGAGAAGCAACUGGGUUGGUGAGAUUCUUUUUGAAAGCCUCGUCUCGGUGCCUGGAGACGCUCGAAGGGAACAUGGAGGUGAACGCGACUGAGAAGAUUUACCUUCCCGUUGACGGCAUCCUCGAAAUGUUCCACUCGCUCACCGGGCGUCACGACUCGGACAUCACGCACUCACUUCUUCAGGGCGCUGCCCUCGCGCCGGGACCGCAGCAUCUCAAAGUCUCAAACAUAUCGAAGACGAGCAUGGGCAUCAUCAAAACGGUUAAAGGGCGCUUGAAACAGCAAGAGAAAGGAUCGGUUUCCCCGAGCAUAUCUUCUUGCUCCGGAAAUCGGCAGGUCUCCACCGAUCGACCCCCGAAGAGGUCCGUGGAUCUGCUGGAGCUGGGUCUGACCAAGCGCAGGAACUGUCACAGAAUAGUUGUGCUCGGCGCGCCCAAAGUGGGUAAAACCAACAUCCUGCUGCGGUUCUUGGGUAAAGACUUCGAAGAGCAGUACGAGCCCACGACCGAGGACUUCCACAGAAAGCUGUUCCACGUAGGAGGGGAGGCAUAUCAGAUGGAUCUCCUGGACGCCGCUGGUGAGAGGGACUUCCCCGCGAAACGGAGGCUCUCCAUACUGACAGGUGACACCUUCCUGCUGGUGUUCAGUUUGGACGACCGAGAGUCCUUCGACGAAGUCUGCGUGCGGCUCAACGAGAUCAAGGACGCCAAGGCCAAGUUGCUGAACUCAAAGCAUCCCGCGAGACCGCGAGUCGUGGUCUGCGGAAACAAGGCGGACAUCGCCGCACCGAGGGCCGUCCGGCGGUCCGAGGUGACGGAGGCGCUCGGCGAGGACGUCGCGUUCUUCGAGACCUCCGCCAAGGACGGCGCCGGCACGGAGGCGGCGUUCCGGGCCCUCGCCGCCCUCAGCGGGCUGCCGGACGAGACGAGUCCGUCGCGCCACCAGCUCGUCUCCAUCCUCAGCUACCAGGCGAUGCGCGUCGGCCCGCGGGGCUGGAGGGGAGGAAGCCGGGGCUUCGGCGCGCCCUGCGCCGCCGUGGACCCGCUGGCGCGCCGCCCGAGCUUCACCAGCGACCUGCGGCUGGUGCUGAAGUCAAGCACCAAGCACAACAAACACGAGAGGUGUCAGAUUCAAUGAAUCGUGCGCUUUCUCGAUAAACCAAUUGUAGUAGUAUGCUGCAAUGUUAUAUUAUGUAAGGAGUUAUACUCUGUAGCACCUGGCUGGACCAGUGCUUUCAUCUUUUGUGCUUUUGUAAAUGUAUUUACAUAUUCCUAUAAUAAAACAUUUCUAAUUGUCA